AUGGUUGAGCUAAUUAUAACACUGACUCUAUCUGCAAUUUUCUUCUUCUUGUUCAACAAAUGGAAAAAUUCCAUAAAUAGCAACUCAAUGAAGAAACCGCCACCCGGCCCGCGAAAACUUCCUAUAAUCGGAAAUCUCCACCAAAUCAGCAAUCCUCCCUUCCGCUGCUUCAGAGAUCUAUCCAAUCAACACGGCCCCUUAAUGCAGCUCAAGCUCUGCGAGACGACUGCUGUCGUCGUCUCGUCGCCUGAGCUGGCAAAGCAAAUGCUUAAGGACCUCGACCCCAGCUUCGCGGACAAGCCGCGGGGCGUGCUCCCCGACAUCAUGUUCUACCGGUCCAGCGACGUCGUUUUCAGCCCCUACGGCGACUACUGGCGCCAGAUGAGGAAGCUCUGCAUCAACGACCUUCUGAGCCCGAAAAUGGUGCGACUCUUCCAAUCCAUCCGGAGCGACGAGACGUCGCGGCUGAUCAAUUCGCUGCGGGAAUCUUCUGGAAGGAUCGUGAAUUUGACGGAGAAGGUCUUGCUGUACUCCAACUCCACCACUUGCCGCGCCGCCUGUGGCGGCGUCGUGGAGGAUAAUGAGACGCUCCUCAAGCUCAUCCUCGAAUCCACUCAGAUCAUCACAAGCUUUGAGAUCGCGGAUCUGUUCCCCUCGUCGAGGGUUGUGGCCGCCUUGAGCUUGACUAAGCGCCGGCUCAAGGCGAUGCGCCACAAGCUCGACGUGAUCUUGGAUAGCAUCAUCGAUCGGCAUAAGAGAAAUCGCGUCUCCGGCUUGGGGAAUUCGGAGUUUGGGAGUGAGGAUUUGGUUGAUGUGUUUCUUAGGGUUCAGGAGGAAGGGCAACUGGAAUUCCCCAUCCAUAAUGAUAACAUCAAGGCUGUGUUGUAUGAUAUUUUCUUAGGCGGGACCGAUACUUCGUCAACAACUAUUGACUGGACGAUGGUAGAGCUAAUGAGGCAGCCUCGGGUCAUGGCCAAGGCACAAGAUGAAGUGAGACAAGUCAUGAAAGGAUAUAAUGUUGAACAUAACGACGGCGACGUUGUUUAUAAUUUCAAAUAUUUGAAAUUAGUGAUCAAAGAGACUCUGAGGUUGCACCCGCCAGCUCCACUGCUGCCUAGAGCUUGCAUGGACGAACAAGUCGUCAAUGGAUACACCAUAUCGGUUGGAGAAAUGGUAUUUGUAAAUAUUUGGGCGAUGCACAGGGACCCGAGCUACUGGAAUGAUCCAGAGAAGUUUUCGCCCGAGAGAUUCGAGAACCAGUCUGUGGAUUUUGUGGGUGGUGAUUAUCACUUUUUGCCCUUUGGAACUGGAAAAAGAAUGUGCCCUGGGAUGACGUUUGGUUUGGCUACUGUGGAGUCGGCUUUAGCCCAAUUGCUCUACAACUUUGAUUGGAAACUUCCGGAAGGUGUCGCGGCUCAGGAUUUAGACAUGACUGAAAACAGCGGGAUAACAGCCGCACGGAAACACGAUUUGUUUGUAGUCGCCACUCCGUAUAAAUAGCUCAUAUAUAAUUAGGAUAGUGAUAAAAUGCAAACUGUAAAUAUUAUACAAACUCCAAACUAUGACAAUUUAAAAAUGUCAAUAGGUGACUAAAUAACAAUAACAAAAAAUGUCAACACAAUUUCAAUAAAGCAUCAAGCAUUGACAUUGUAUGACAUUUUUUGUUGCUAUUAUUUUAUCAUUUGUUGACAUUUUCUGACGGUCUAGAUCAUAAUUUGAAGUUUGUACAAUAUAUAGAGUUUGCAUUUGAUCAGAUUUCUAUAUAACUAACUAUUCACU